AUGAUGAGGAGAUUUACAAUGACGCCUAAUUCUAGAAAUCCUGUUAAGACGCCAGUUUCAGGGAUGAAGGCUACACCGUUUCCAAGACACUCGCUUGGUGCAGAAGAGGUACGCCGAAGGGAUGCGAGGGUUGUCAGGGAGAAGGGAUAUGUACAGCAGUGUGUUGAUGGAGUUCAUGAUUUUCUUGUUGAGAAUGGAUAUGAGGGGGUUAUUUCGCAUAAGGUGCUUCACAAUCCAUCAUCUAAGGACUUCCAGAGCAUUUUCAAGUUUUUAUAUGGGUUUAUUGAUGAUAUUGUGUUUUCGACGAGGUUUGAGGAUGAUGUAGUGAAUGUGAUGAAGAGUCUGAGGUAUCCGUAUUGUGGAGAGAUAACGAAGAGUCAGCUUGCGGCAAUUACUCCGCACACAUGGCCAGUAAUUCUGAGCAUGUGUUAUUGGCUGGUUGAGCUUGUGAAGAUGGGAAGUAUGGAGAAUGAGGAAGGAGAAAGCGGAGUUGACGGAUGUUUUUUUGAGUAUGUGUGUGAAGGAUAUCUGCGGUUUAUGGAGGGAGGUGAGAAUGAGGGAGAUGAAGAAGAGUUUGAAAGGAAGGUUAUGGAGAUAUAUACAGAAAUGUUUAGUGGGAUAGAUAAGCGAAAAGAGGAGUUGAGGAUGAUAGAGACAAAAAUAGCAGGGAUGGGAAGUGCUCUUGAAUCGCGUGAGCAGUUAGAAGGAAAGAAGAAAGAGCUUGCGGAUGAUCUGAAUAUGUUAAUAGCAUCUGAAAAGCAGUUAGAAGGAAAGAAGAGGAAGUAUGCAAUGAUGCUUGAGAAGAUAUGUGAUGAGAUAUGCAAGGUUGAAGAGGAGAUUGAGUGUCUACGUAGAGACGAGGAAGAACUAAGGGGGCAGAUUACUAGACAAAGGAUCAAUCCUGAGGAUGUUAAGGAGAUGAAUGUGGAGAAGAUUGAACUGUUCAAAGAGUUGGAGAGGAUGAAGCCUGAGAAGGAGGGAUUGAUGAAGUAUGUUGGGAUGCAGGAGCGAGAGUUGCAUGAGAUGAUUGAGGAUGUUGAGAAGUUAUGCUUUGAUUUGAAGGGGCUUAGGGAUGAUAUUUCAUUGAGGUAUGCAAAGGAAGGAAAGACUGAGCAAGGAAAGAUGGGUAAGAUUGUUAAUGAGGCGAAUGGAGAGGUGUAUGAGGAAGGCAUAUCGAGAGUGAUUGUACAAUUGGAGGAUGAGAUGGCACAGAAGGAAGAGGCCAUGGUGAGCAUUGAGAUGAGCAAGAAUGUUCUUGAGGAGACUAAUAAUGAGAAGGAGGGGAUGAUGAAUGAGCUUGGCAAUAGGUUUAAGUAUUGCAAUGAUAAGCUUGUGACGGCAGGGAAGCUUUAUCUUGAGAAGAAGGAGAUAUCAGAGAGUGGACAGAGAAGAAGCAAGACGGAGAUGGAGAUGCUGGAGAAUGAGCUUCUGAAGCUGAAUCUUGAAUCGAGCACGUCGUUACUUAUGAGUGAGCAGAAGCUGCAGAAGGCAAGGAUUCAGCUUGAUAGGACGUUUAACAAUGUGAAUUAUGAACGUGAGGAGAUUAGCAAGAUGAUAUUUAAUUUCUACAACACGAUGAGUGAUGUGUAUGUGCUGAUACAAUCGCAGGUUGAAGAGCUUAGAGGAUUAGUGGAAGGAUGA